AUCGCUAUGAAUAUCCAAGCUUACUAGCCAGCAACGAAGUUAACCUAACUGACAAAGAUCGAUACUAGAAAAGUAUAAGACACAACUGAGUACCACACUUCUGAACUUCUGUGAAUGGUGAUGAAUGGUUACAUUAUUUGGCAAAUGCUUAAGGAGGUAUUAUUUCCAAAUAAGGCAACCAUUCACCACCAUUCACCGUCAUUCACCGCCAUUCGCCAUUCACCACUCUUCACCACUCUUCACCACUCUUCACCACUCUUCACCACUCUUCACCACUAUUCACCACUCUUCACCACUAUUCACCACUAUUCACCACCAUUCACCAUUGCUUGUCGCCCACUUCUCUCCAGCAUACAAAAGAAAGAUGGCAGUGGGAAAAGUGAAAUAAAAGAGACUGAGUGGCAGGAAA